CGAAGCAACCAUGGCGGCACAGGAGAUAGAAAACGGCACGACCUGGGGCAAAGAGUUAUGGGAUCAAUAUGACAAUCUUGCCACACACACGCAGAAAGGAAUUGACUUCUUCGAACGAUUCGGAAACUUCAUACGUGAUCGCAGUGCCAUCGAAGUUGAAUAUGCGCUUAAGCUGAGACGGCUUGUGAAGAACUAUCAACCCAAAAAGAGCAAAGAGGACGAAGAAAAUGAAUUUUCCACCCUGAUUGCAUUCAAAAAUGUCCUCAAAGAGGUAGCCGAUCUGGCCGGCCAGCGUGAAGUGGUAGCAGAAAACCUACAGAACCAGGUGCUGCAGGGUAUAAUGCUGCUGUCGAAAAUACUUCGCGAAGAGCGCAAAAAAGCAUUGACCCAGGGGGCAGGAUUGACCCAGUCACUUCACACACAGAUCGGUACGCUCGAUCGGGCGAAACGCAGCUACGAGAAGGCAUUCCGCGAGGCGGAAAAGGCGAUCGAAAGCUACCACAAGGCGGACGCCGAUUUUCACCUCAGCCGUGCGGAUGUCGAGAAGCAGCGCGUCAACAUGAACAUACGCAACAGCCAGUCGGAGGACGCGAAAAGCGAGUACGCGAACCAGCUGCAGAUUACGAACAAGCAGCAACAGCAGCACUAUCAAAUCGCACUUCCGGAGGUGUUUAACAAGCUGCAGGAGUUGGACGAGAAGCGAACGCGUGGCAUGAAGGAAUUCAUCAAACGUGCGGCAGAUGUUGAGUACGAAGUUUCGCCCAUCAUUGCCCGCUGUCUGGAGGGAAUGGUGAAGGCGGCCGAUUCGAUUAACGAGAAGGACGAUUCGAUGAUCGUAAUAGAAAAAUACCAGUCCGGUUUUCAACCGCCGGGAGAUAUACCGUUCGAGGAUCUUUCCAAACCCGACCCGGACGCUGCUAACAACUCGCAAACACACAACUCCAGCACCGGACUGAACCAUAUGACGGGGAAAGGCACAACGAAGGAUAAGCUUAAGAAACGCGUCGGCAUUUUCGGUAUCUUCACCGGCAAUAAGAACAACCUUACCACGGACGGUCUGAAGGAAGAUUUCAGCGACCUACCACCGACGCAACGGCGGAAAAAGCUUACCGCCAAGGUGCAGGAACUGCAGCAGAAAGUAGCCCAGGAGCAGGCCGCCAGCGAUGGGCUGAUGAAGAUGAAGGGAGUGUACGAGGCAAAUUCGAUGCUGGGCGAUCCGCGCACGGUCGAGGAGCAGCUAAAUGAAUCGGUUAACCGGUUGGACCGGCUACGGCACGAGCUGCUGCGCUACCAGAAGCUGCUGGAGCAGGCUAACAACCAAACGUUAAUUCAGCACAGUCCCCAAUCGAAUCGUGUGAUACAGAACGGACAACGGUCGUCCAGACAUUCCAACGGUAGCAGUAAUCACGAGAACAGUCACGAAGAUAAUGGCGAAGAUCAUCCUGACGAUGCGGGUAGCCUUAGCAGGUCAGCUUCCGAAAGUAGUGUACAGCAAGCGCAAAAUGGGCUUAACAUUAACAACAACGGCAGCUCAGCGAGUCCGGAAAGUGGGCUGGGUACAUCACACACGUCGCUGCCCGGUUCCGGUCAGGGUAGCACGAACGAACAGCCGAUGAACGAGGAAUACUACGAAGCCGAUGCGCCACUGGGAACGUGUCGAGCGCUCUAUCCAUUUGAUGCAACGAGCGAAGGCAGCAUUCCAAUGUCGGAGGGUGAAGAAUUGCAAGUGAUAGAAGUGGACCAAGGGGACGGUUGGACCCGGGUGCGGCGGUAUAGCUCGAAGGGCUGGGAGGAAGGGUUCGUACCAACGAGCUACAUUGAGUGUACGCUGUACGCGUAGUGUUGAUCACCACC